AUGGCCAUGCCUCUAGAUGCGACUAAUCAGGCAUCAAUUGCCGAUGCAACCAUGGACAUCGAUAUGGAUAUCGACCUGGGGCUGGAGCCUGAACCUGAACCCGAACCCGAAUCCAUUCAAACUGAGACCAUCCAAGAUACCAUGACCGAUCCACCCACCGAGGAAGCCGUAUACGAAAAAGUUCACGUACGCGGCGUGGAUGAAUUGUCCACCGACGACAUCAAGCAAUUCGCGACCAGUCACUUCGAGCACGAGACACCUGCACGGGUCGAAUGGAUCGAUGACACCUCGGCAAACCUCAUUUACUCUUCCACCGACGUGGGCCUCCAGGCUCUUCUAGCUCUGACUCAGGUCAACGAGGAAGAAGAUGCCUCCGCCCUCCCACCUUUGCGUCUCCGGUCAGCGAAGCUCCUUGCAAGUCACCCAGACUCCGUUUUGCAAGUGCGAUCAGCUGUCAAAUCAGACCGUAAGCAACCGCGUUCGUACGAAAAGAGUCGCUUUUACCUCAUGCACCCGGAACACGAUCCUCGAGAGCGCCUGCGGGAGGAACUUGCGGAGAGAAGACAACGCGGAGACACAAAUGAGGGAGAUUACAGGCGUCGUCGAUUUGAUGAUCGAGAACUGCGUCGAAGACGCGAUCGCGACGACGAUGACAACUUCAAUGCCAAUAUGUACGACGAUCAGCCUGAGAGCGUCUCGGAACCGGAGCGUAACCGCUCCGGCCGCAGACAGGGAGGACCGCGCGAAUUGUUCCCAUCUGAUGACCGGGCAUCUGGACGGCUGCGCAAUCGCAGUGCCUCCCCCGGCAGAGAUACCCUUGAAGAGGGAAACCGUGUCGAUCGAAACCCCGACACUCGCAGAAGAUUCCGUGAACGAUCGCCCCAGCUUGGACGUCAAAACAGAGGCAAGGAGCUUUUCCCAACCGAAGCUGGCACCCGUGAACUAUUCCCCAAUAAACCUGCGUCGAGUUAUAUUAAGAAGGAGCUUUUCCCAACCAAAGCGAGCGGCCACCGCCGGUCUGAUGCGUUUGAUGCUGCCGAUGAGACCCCAGAUCUUUUGGGACGAAGAAUCUCCGUUCCCCUUGCCGAUGGCAGUUCUGACCAGCGGAUCCGUGGAAUGGCCAAAGAUGUGGAUCAAGGCUUUGCGAUUCGGGGCGCCAGUGGCAUCUCGAUCAAAGGACGUGGCGCGUCAGUUCGGGAACUGUUCCCAUCCAAGUACGACAAUCAGACAGGACAGUCGGCCAAUGCAGGAAAGGAACUCUUCUCUGAUACUUUGGAGGGUCGCGGAGGACGCCGGCGAAGAGCAGAGGAUAUGAUGAAUUAA